AUGCACGAUCACCGACCUGGGCAUACCGACUCGCUUGAGCGUGACGAUAAGCUGUCUGCUGAGGACCUUUUAACGUUUGCUGUAAAGGCCGUUUUCGAACGCUGGACUGCUUUGCGGCUCGCAAUAGCUGGAUGCUGGGCUGGUUCGGACACCACGGAGCGCGUUGACGACCUCAUCGACGACGUGAUCGAGCUUUGUCUGGGUCAGAGGCAGCGAGCGGAUGGAAAUAUCUUGCCGUACUCGCAGAGGAUACUGAGUUCUUGGCUAGAGGACUUUUUCGUCGAGGACUGUUCUGCCGACGUUGAAGACGGCAGCAUCGGGCAAGUCGCUGUUGUGAUCGAUGGCUUGCGGACGGAGAUCUUGCGUGCAGCGCCGUGUCCUGUCGCAAUGUGGCGCGAGGUGUGUCCUGAGCUCGCCAAACUCGCGGAUCGGGUGCGAUCAGAGCGAGCGCAAGGCCGGUCGCUGCUCGCUUCUACUGAAGAGUCGUCAACUUCCGAGGGAAGCCUCAGUGCGGAGCAGCGCGCAGAAGACAGCGUUGCUGACAAUGCGAUGGAAAUACUGCCACGACCAACAGCGGAUAAUCCCUCUGAUGCCAAUGAAGAGAAUGACACUACUGAGCUACCUCUCGUAGAUGAGGACGGCUUCCAGCUCGUUGUUUCGCGUCGACAUCGGCGAGCAUUUAAGUCAACGUAG